UUUUAAUGUCUCCAUCCAUAGGUGCUUUGUUCUACUGUUCUUUUUUCCCCUAACAUUUUUGUUCUAAAUCUGGUUUGUUUUUCUUCUUUAAAACAUUCAGAUGUUGCUAUCUGCUCUUCCGCUCAUGUGUCAGAGACAAAGUUCAGCACAAACAGCUUUCACUUUCACUUAAGACGAAAGGAAAAAGGUGGAAAACUCACUUUGGUACUUAAGUGGUCUGAUUCAGUGAAAAAAAACCCACACUGUCUAGAGGAAUCUAUUAAAACUUGGUUAAAAAAAGAAAAACAAGACCUGAAGUGCUCAGUUAUCAAGAUCCAGGAGGACGGCAACGCUCUUUUAAAGAUUGAACCCCACACAGCUGCAGAAUGUUUUCAGAAAUUAUCUGGUAAAGAUUUGUGUCUAAAAGGUUUUAAAAAAGUCACUGUAAAGUCAGUCCUUCCAGACUCACCAAAGCUGAUCCCUCAAACAGCAGCUGAUGCUUCCAUGACAUCUACUCCAUCUACAUCUGAAAAAGAACAGAUGAGUGGUCAGAGUGAUAAAUAUCACAGCCGAGAACAAGUUGAUCACAGAACUGCAGAAUCCUCAGAUUUCCAGAAUGGAAGUCAAGAAAAACUGGCAACAAACAGAGAAGAACGUAGAGCAGAUGACGAUCCAGCAGCUUCUCUGUCUGAAUUCUCGGAUGACACAGAAAAAGAUGAAAAACUCAUAACUCUGGAGUUAACGUGGUCUAAACCAGCAGAAGAGCCCAAAAACAAUCUACAGAAAGCCCUUAUAGAAUGGUUACAAAACAAAAAUAAAGACAUAAAGUGCUCAGUUGUCCAGUUCCAGGAGGUCUGCAAUGCUGUGAUAAAGAUUGAACCCUCUACAGCUGCAGAGAUUCUUCUGGAAUUAUCUGGUGAAAUUCUGACUCUUAAAGACGAUACAAAAGUCACUGUUGAGUCAGUCGUUCUGGACUCAUCAAAGAUGAAGACUCAGACAGCAGAUGAUUCUUCCAUGACUUCUACUCCAUCUACAUCUGAUGUCAAAGGACAGAUGAGCGAUCAGAGUGAUCAAGUUUCAAUCCCAAAACAAACUUCUAGUGAUGCCAGAGAGAAGUCCAAAGAUAAAGCUGACAAACCCACUGAAUCAUCAAACGGCUGUAAUUCUGACCAAACCAGUCAUUUAAAUAAAGUUCAUCACACUGUGACAUCUUCAGGUAUUGAAGACGCUAAAACAUCUUUGAUUUACUUUAUUCAGGAGUGA